CCUGUUUUCGAUACUAAAAACAGUAAACAAUCAAAAUGGCUGACUUCGAUUGGCCAUGGCAAUACAAAUUUCCUCCUUUUUUCACAAUACAGCCCAAUAUAGAGACACGUAAAAAACAGCUAGAAGCUUGGUGUAGUCUAAUUCUCGGGUAUCAGCGCCACAUCAAGCAAUACAAUCUUGAUGUUACCGAGGCACAGGCAUCAGAACUGUUUUACAACAAACAAUUAAAUAGAAGGCUCUCCCUUGAUGCAAUUUACACAGUGCUAGAAGAAUUAAGGAAAAGAGGUAACCUAGAAUGGAAGGACAAGAACCGUAACUCAUGUAUGCUCAUAUGGCGGUCACCAGCAGAAUGGGGAAAAAUAAUAUACAACUGGAUAUCCUCGAAGUCAAUGAACAACACAGUGUGUACACUGUAUGAGCUGACCAAUGGGGAUGACACAGAAGGUCAAGAGUUCCAUGGACUAGAUAAAGAAAUUUUUAUAAAAGCCAUGAGGAGUUUAGAAGCUGAGGGUAAGGCUGAGCUAAUGGAUUUUGGAGGCACUGAAGGGGUGAAAUUUUUCUGAGAGGCUGCAAGCCUCAGACUGAUGAUGGCUGAGAUGAAUGUGUUGUGUGUGAGUAUCUGUGUGUAUGCGUGUUGCCUGAGGGGAAAAAUUGAAUGAUGGGCCACUUAAAAAUAUUUUAAUGUGAAUGCAUGUUUGACUACUGACAAAUAUUUGUAUGUGUCACUGAUAAAUAAAUAGUGGUAUGGUUUUGAGAAAUUAACUUCAUUAAGCCAUUGAAAAUGUAUUUGUUUAGUUUAUGUUAUGUACAUAUUUGUAUGAAAUAUCCACCUAAAAUGUUUAUGAUACUAAAUCUGAGUAUGAAUUAUAAGUGAGAAGAACGGUCAGAUGUUUUACUGUAAUGGUGUUUUAAAUGUUUUAGCAUGGUAUGAAUUGUAUAAGGAGUUUUUUCAACUUGUUUAUUUUAUUGAAGAUAAAAUGUUCAUUUUAAAUGCAAAAUGUUUAUUUUAAAUGCUUGUAAUAUGUAUGUCUAUGCUAUUU